CACACACAGCUCCAACUCUCGGCUUUCUUCAUCACCACCACCACAUCCUCAUCCUCCCCAGAGGACCACAGGGAGCCCCCUGACCCCUCGCCCUCACCCCACCGGGUCACCAUGGCAACGGUCAUCUGCACUCGCUUCACCGAAGAGUAUCAGCUGUACGAGGAGCUGGGCAAGGGAGCCUUCUCUGUGGUGCGCCGCUGUGUGAAGGUGCUCUCAGGUCAGGAGUACGCCGCCAAAAUCAUCAACACCAAGAAGCUAUCAGCCCGAGAUCACCAGAAGUUGGACCGCGAAGCUCGUAUCUGUCGACUACUAAAACACCCCAACAUCGUUCGGCUACAUGACAGCAUAUCAGAGGAGGCACAUCAUUACCUCAUCUUUGACCUGGUUACAGGUGGAGAGCUGUUUGAGGAUAUUGUAGCCAGAGAAUAUUACAGUGAAGCUGAUGCCAGCCACUGUAUCCAGCAGAUUUUGGAGGCGGUGCUUCACUGUCACCAGAUGGGCGUGGUUCACAGAGACCUGAAGCCUGAGAACUUGUUGUUAGCUUCCAAGUCCAAAGGAGCUGCCGUGAAGCUGGCCGACUUCGGUCUGGCCAUCGAGGUGGAAGGAGAGCAGCAGGCAUGGUUUGGCUUUGCGGGAACCCCGGGGUACCUGUCUCCGGAGGUCCUGAGGAAGGACCCGUACGGGAAGGCGGUGGACCUGUGGGCCUGCGGUGUGAUCCUCUACAUCCUCCUGGUCGGCUACCCUCCGUUCUGGGAUGAAGACCAGCAUCGUCUCUACCAGCAGAUCAAAGCUGGAGCCUACGAUUUUCCCUCCCCGGAGUGGGACACGGUCACUCCUGAAGCCAAAGAUCUCAUCAACAAGAUGUUAACCAUCAAUCCAGCGAAGAGGAUCACAGCAGCCGAGGCUCUGAAACACCCCUGGAUCUCUCACCGCUCCACCGUGGCGUCCUGUAUGCACAGACAGGAGACGGUCGAGUGCCUGAAGAAGUUUAACGCUCGGAGGAAACUGAAGGGAGCCAUCCUCACCACCAUGCUGGCCACCAGAAACUUCUCCGGAGGAAAGAGCGGCAGCAACAAGAAGGCCGACGGAGUCAAGGAAUCCUCUGAAAGCACAAACACGACCAUCGAGGAUGAAGACACCAGAGUGAGGAAACAGGACAUCAUUAAAGUGACGGAGCAGCUCAUCGAGGCCAUCAGUAACGGAGACUUUGAGAGCUACACUAAAAUGUGUGACCCUGCAGUGACGGCGUUCGAGCCCGAGGCAUUGGGGAAUCUAGUGGAAGGCCUGGACUUCCAUCGAUUUUAUUUUGAAAACUUGUGGUCUAAGAACAGUAAACCGGUUCACACCACCAUCUUGAACCCGCACAUCCACCUGGUUGGCGAGGAGGCGGCGUGCAUCGCUUACAUCAGAGUGACGCAGUACAUCGACGCCAACGGCACGCCGCGCACGGCCCAAUCAGAGGAGACCAGGGUGUGGCACCGCCGUGACGGGAAGUGGCAGAUCGUUCACUUCCACCGCUCAGGCUCCGCCUCCACGCUCAGCAACUAACUUCCAAAGUGGGCGGGGCUUUGAAAGAGGCCACCGUCGCCAUGACAACAGAUUGAUUGACUGCAGCGGGGCGUCAAGCACCAACUUAUCAGAGGAGACGGAAAGCUUCACCAAUCCGACCAAUCGGCUCCAUCCUCUCUGCUCGUCUGGGCUUCACAUUGGCCACGCCCCCUUGUUUCAUCGGCCAAUCAGCUGUGGAAACCUUGUAUCUCCGGCUUCUCUCUGCAGGUUGAAACCUGUGCCACGCUGUCACUUGGUUCAUUGGUCGUUGCCACUGCGCCCCCCUGUGGACACAAUUGGAACUUCUUCUGUUCCGGAGACAAUUAGCUUCUUAGCUUAGCAUAAGUUUGCACUCUGCGUUCUCAUUUUGGGGAGAUACAAGUUUUCCAGACUGACAAUAGAUUAAAUGUUAAAGCAAGCCAAUUGCAUUGGUGUUGCCAUGGCAA